ACCACAGUCAAACUGCUCACUGAGUCAGGAACUACCACAGUCAAAAUGCUCACUGAGUCAGGAACUACCACAGUCAAAAUGCUCAUCUGAAACUCAGGUAGACAAAUUUCAUAAGACUUGUGUGACCGUCGAUCCUGAUCCUAAAAAUAAACAUCCCAGUGUAAAACACAAAACAUGUCAUGUUGAAAAAUGGCUGAAGACUCAGUGCAAUGUGAGCAACUUUGCCUCUGACAAUACCAAAGAUUGCCAAAUGGCUAAAAAUGAAGAAGGGUCAAGGACUGAUGGACCUCUGGCAAAAUCUCCUGGAACCUUGUUUGACGUACCAAGUAAAAUAAAUAGUAUUGGAUCUUCUCCAUCCCAAAUAACACAUGGAAGUAGUGAUGCUAAUAUGAAGAUAUUGGGUGACAUUUGCAGAGAUAUCAUGUCCAGAGAGGGAAAUACCAAAACAUCUAAUUGCAGGCAAUCUCAUCAGUUCUGUGGCAGUAGUGUUGUUCAUUACAAGAAGGGAAAGUCCAAGAGGUUCAGAAGGUCCAAAGCCCAGGCACCUCCUAGCUCAUCCUCUGACUCCACACUCAAGUCUUCCUCAGAUGAAGAAGAGAAAAUACCUCCCAGGUUGGAUAAAAACAGGUCUUCAUCAACAAGAAUGAAGUCAGGAACUCAAACUAAUGGAAAAUUAGAGGAGAUGAUUCAAUGCAAUGGUGGAGAAAUGUCUCUAGUGAAAAGACAAUCACCACAGUCAAAAGACAAUCACACUAUGGAAGCUUGUACUGACCAGACCCCAUAUAAAUAUGAUGAUAAAGCUGGAGUUGGCAUCAGUUUGGGUCAGAAAGAACACAGCCCCAAUGGACAAUCACCACAUAUAGAGAAAAGGACAAUUUGGGAGAAAAUCAUGUCUUCCAGUAUCAAAGAAACUGAGAUGUCACGCUACACACCAAAGACUCAAGAUUUGCCAAUGCAUUUUGCCUCCAGCGACAUCAAUCCCUUUGCUCACCAAUGGCAAGAAGAAGAGCCAAACCAAAGCUGCUACAAGAACCAGGUGUUUGGAAGUGCCGCCGACAUUUCUUGUAAAUCACCGCUGCUGGAUUCCACUACCAAACAUAUCACUAGAUGCUGCAGUGUCGACAAUGGUUUAAACGUGCAGAGCUCUCCUUUCAACUCCCACCUGAGCACUUACGCCAACAACAAGGGACUCUCCAGCACCCCGAGCAGCAUGGAGGAAGAUUUCAAAGAUCAAACGUCCCUCAAAGUCCAUCUGAAAGAACUACUAACUAAAGUCUCCGGUGUUGACGAUCACAAUCAAGUGACUCUGACUAUGAGCUGUAACUCAUCUUCUUGCUACAAUGUAUCUGGAGAUCUUGGUAACAGCACUGGCCAGGUGGAGGAGAUCAUGUUGGUUUAUGACUCUUCAGAGCGGGCGUUUCAGGGUAACGGGUUUCAGAGGUCUGAAACAAACACCAGAUGUGACCAGAGCACCCAGACAACCUUCACUCAAGAAACCACGACUCAGACAACGAUCAACCAUGGUGAUCUACAGAGGAGAAACAACCGUCACAGAAAGAGCAGCACUCAAGUACCAGUGUUGCAGAAGACCACAGAGGCCUGUAGAGAGACCACCACAUGGGCCAGCCUUCAGAACAUGUCUGAGUAUCUCUCACAGCUGAUAGUAAACACGUCUGAUCUUCUGGGGAAUGUUCAGGGUAUGAGGUCUGGCGAAAACCUCAAACAAAGCCUGAUAAGAAAUGUUAAAUCUUCAUCUCAUCUGUACUCCUCCACAGAUUGGAUGAAGAGAGACUGCUCAACCAAAACUGCAGUAGAUAUUGGGAUCCAGACCGAAAAGAUUUUAACACCCGUUCAAGACAAAAUGUCUAUCCCCCAAACUCUGUCCACAGAGAGGUCCAAAGCCCAUGAAGUUAAUGUGAUAGUCAAAGUGAUUGGCUCAGAAGUUCUCACUGUGUCACGAGACAAAGGGCUUCCUCUUCAACAUCAACUCAAGAAAAACCUGGAUGAUAAUAUUCAGAGCAUGCCUGACCUGCGACUCAAUGGCUCCACUGUUAACCAAAGAUCUAUCUUGGAACCAGAGAGUCUCCCACACAAAGUCCCUUCCCUGGAGACUGUCCAACGCCACAAUCAUUCAAAUCCUGCCAUUUGUCAUAUAAGCAAUGAGGACUGCAAUCCUGAAAGAGUGUCCUCCUCCAAAAGCUUGGGAGUAUCUGAAGUCUGCCAUCAUUUGUCAGAAAUACUCAGACCAGAAUGCCAUAAUAUCUUGAGAAGGAGUGACCCUGCAAUAGGCUAUAGAAAACAAGUGAGCUUCACAGACCGUGCAUGCUCACCCAUUCUCACUGUGAGUCCCAGGGCUGGUUCCAACCAGAGCAGAAUAAAGUAUUUACAGAGUCCCAAAGAAGAACAGAAGUUUGAGACGCAAAAUAGAAGUAAGCACCACAUUUCGAACCAGUCAGCACUUUGUUUAAGUUACAGCGGACACAAAACAUGCAUGUCUUUCAUAAAGAAUGAUAAUAUAUCAGGACAUGACUCCCUUCAUCUGUGUGAGAAGCCAGGUGACAACUCCACCACAAAAUCAAUGGGAUUGAUAUUCCUCGAGAAUGUGAGUGCCCUCAGCCAGUCAAGACCAAAAGGGUCUGAUGGAUGCUCAGAAAGUCUUAGUUCGUCCAUCGACAAUUACAUCCACAAUGAAACCAGCAUUGUCAUCCAGGACGAAGAAAAGGAAAUGAGCAUAUGGCACAAAACCAGGCAACGUCCAAUAUGGUCCCUUCCUUCUGUUCUAAGCAGUAACCGAGUCGCUAUGCAGAACCACACCUCUCUCGUCUUUAGUCAGACUAGUGAGUCCAAACAGGAGGAGAAAUCCUUCUCUACUUUUGGAGAUCAACUAAGCUACAGAAGACAUUCAAUAGAUUACCACAACAGUAGAUCAUCAGAGCGUCCAGUGGAGCAAUUCACUGGUGUUUAUGAACAUUCCCCUAUCAGUGACAGCACCAUCCAUGUUCAGGAGGAUGACAUGGUGGUGUUGGGCCCAAGCGAGUGCAACACAGACAUUCUAGUGAACACCAACCCAGUCACCCACACUCCCAACUUCCAACACUCCCCACAUCAGCUAGAUCACCAGCGGCUCCCUGAGGACCUACCUGUGCACAACAAGUUCACCAACUGGUCUGGUAUCAGUCAGCAUCCCUCUGAGAUAGGACGGACUAAUAGUUUAAUGAAACCAGCCGCGUAUCUACCUACUGGUCAUGAAGCACAGAGGAACCAGCCAGAGUGGGCUGAGCUGGAGAGCCAGGAGUCAGAGUCCAGCUUGAGUCCAGAGCCCAUGUUCCAUAAGGACAAGAAGACAAGAGAGAUAGAGAGGCUCCGUAAAGAGCGCGAGCAGGUCAUGGCUACGGUCCAACUGAACAUGAACCCUCAUCCUCUGACCGUGGAGCUGACUGAAGCCAAGCUGCACUACGGUCUGGGAGAGAUGGACACGUUGUUAAAGAUGCUGACAUCUGGUGGAACCAAGGAGGAGGAACCGUCCCCUGUCCCUACCAAACAGCAGCUCUAUGACCAGCACCGGAGGAGCAUUGAGAGUUUGAGAAAGGACAGGGAAGCUCAGCUUCAGACCUGCCGUAGGACUCGCAGCCUCAGCCCUAGCAAGCACCACUUCACUCGUUCCCCUCCUCAACCCAGAUCCACUCCUCAAAAAGACCCCAGAGUUUCAGCCCUGCCCAGUUGCUACAGAGGCUACCUUCAACAGCUCCGUCAGGAGGUAGUGAGGAGCAGUAUGAUUCCAGAUCCACCCAGAGGAGAGGGUGAAUAUCCCCCUGAGAUAGAGCAUCUUCUGCGUGACUACGGCCGUGCCCGUGAGGAGGCCAUGACAGAGAUAUCCCGUGCACGGGAACGGCUCCGCGAGAAGACAGAGCAGGAGAAAAGACGGCUCCAGCAACAGACUCUGUCUCAGAUGGUCAAUGAUGACUUGCGGUAUCGGACCAGAGUCAGCAGCAGUACACUGUACACUGGGUUGAGUCUGAGCCUAUCCUCUGGACCAACCUCUGGCUACAACAGUGGCAACACAGCUCAGCUGAGGGACGGCAGUAGACCCCCACUGACACAGGAGGUCACUGAGGUCCUGGGUGAUGGGCUGAAGGUCAGGUCUCGCCCUCCCAUCUGUGGUUCUCAGAGUGUGAAGACCCAGAGUGCCUGGCUCUCUGCCCAGGAUGUAUGUCUGGAGCCUGGUGUGUCAGGGUAUGACCCUCUGAUGUCAUCCUCACCGUCAUCUCCUACGAAUCUACGACAGCGCACCUCCUCUUUUGGCUCCGCCUCGUCCAUAUCAACAGCCUAUCAGGACUUCACUUCCUGUCUGCUUGGUCGAGCUAUGGCUGAGGUGCGCUUGGCUGCUGCUAGUGACAUGGGGAACCUAGUGAUGGGGAAAGCUGCAGCUGGUUGGAGGUACCAGGGCGUGGAGCGAGGUGUCCAGGCCUUCUACAAGCCCUCCUCCAGCCCAUCUGUGCACUGUUUCCUUGGGGCGGUGGAGCUGGAGAGGCCCCUGGCCAGCCUGUGGAGCAUGGUCCGAGACCACUCCAAGACCCACCUGUACCAUGAGGCUAUCCGGUCUGCCUGGACACGACCACUAGAUGACAGCACUCAGUUGGUCUACCUGCUGACAGACCCAUCCAGCUGCCACCUCAAACAGCCCAGAGACUUCUGCUGCAUCAGCACCAGUCACAACAGGAUGAGCUGUGUGUGCUGGCCAUGCAGUCAGUCUUCGAGGAGUCUCUUCCUCGGCCCAGUGUAGAGGCUGUCCGAGGGGAGAUGUUGCCUAGCGCCUGGGUCCUUCAGCCAAUCACACGUCACAUCCGAGAGGUCGUCAGAGUCAUCUACCUACUGCAGGUGGACCUGGGCACUCCAUCCCUUCCUCAGAGACUGUUGGGAUCAGUGGCUCGGAGACAGGCGUCCGUCCUGGCUGAGCUCGACUCCCGUUUCUCUUUGUGAGACUGACUGCAUGGUCAGGGUCGUGUUCAUUAGGCACCAAAAGGAAGAAAACAGACUGAAACAUGGAGGGACUAACUGGAUUUUACCAAUAAGAAAUGCACAUUUUCUUUUUCCGUUGCAAAACAUGUUGCUACAAUGUGCCCCAAUGAACACGACCCAGAUCAGCUGUCCAAUUAGAACACAGAUUUCGUCUCUCAUUGCAAAACGUUUUGCUAUGGUGUGCCCUAAAUGCAAAGAGCAUAUUUUAUUUUCCUGUAUAAACUUGACAUUUAGUCUGUACAUACUCAAAGCUUGUCGCUUCUUCCUUCCAGUAUUAGUUUGGCUUUGUAAAUAUUAUGUAUAUUAAUUGUAAAAUUGAAUGUUAUCCUGUUCCUGAGUAGGCCUAUAGCCAAAGUUCCCUCAACUAAAAAUGUGUCACUGAGCAAAUUUACGGUCUGCUGAGCAUAAACUUGAACAUUGUGAAAAUUCUGUGAAACCAGCGC